GCAGUCACCGCGGUCCUGCCUCUGUUAGUACGGGCAGCACGGCCUUCACGACUGCCGACAGAGGAAUUACUACAUUUUUAGCUACAGCAACACCAGCCCACAGCUAUGGCGGCCGAGGCCGACAAAGUAGAACCGGCGGACAGCGAACAAGACGAAGAGGAAGAUGUUUACGAAGUGGAGAGAAUCAUUGACAUGCGGGUGGAAGAGGGUGAGGUGCUCUACAGAGUCCGCUGGAAGAAUUACUGCUCUGAUGAUGACACUUGGGAGCCAGAGGCCCAUUUGGAGGACUGUCGUGAGGUCCUCUUAGCAUUCAAGAAAAACAUGGCUGAGAUUAAAGCCAAAAAAGAAGCAGAGGCCAAGAAGACUGUGAAGCUGCUGCCCACGAAGAGCGAUAUAUUUGAUGCCGACUCUGAGAGCGACAGCGACAAAGACCGUCCAACCGAGGCGCCCGUCAAGAAGAAGAAAAAGAAAAAGAUUCGAGAAGAAGAAGAGGAGUUGCCUCCAAAGGAAAAGGAAAAGGAAAAGGAGAAGGAGAAAGAGAAGAAGAAGAAGAAGAAAGAGAAGCGGAAGGACGAUAUCAGGCCUUUACCAGCGCCAGAGAGCGAAGAAGAAGAGGAAAGACCCCCGACUCCACCAUCUCCUCCCAAGGAGAAAAAGACUGAAACGAAAAAGCGGCUGGUGGACUCCGAAGAGGAGGAGGAUGAGCCGGUUCCCUCCAAAAAACACAGGAAAGAAAAGGGAAAAGAUGGGGUAAAGCUCAAGAAAGAAAAGGUAGAGGAGGGGAAGAAAAAGAAAGGGAAGAAGGAACGCAAGAUUGAGACAUCUGAGGAUGAGGCUGCUGCCCCUCUGGAGGACGACCUGAGCGACAGCCCAGAGAAGUCCCAAAUAGACGAUAGUGAGAAUCAGUCAGCGGACACUGUAGCAAAGUCUGCCGAAAAGACACGUGUGGAGGACAAAUCCAAACAGAAGAAAGGGAAAUGGGAGGUAAAGCUGCAGGGCAUUAAGGACCUCAUCCAGGACAAAAAGGGCAAAAGGCCAGAUGACGCGCAGAGAGACAGCAGCCUCCAAAAACUAAAGAGCCUCACCUCCAAAAGCAAGGAGGAGUCCGCCCCUCUCUCCUCAGACUCCAGCGACAGCUCCACCCUACACAAAAAAGCAAAGAGCAAAGGACAGGAGAGCACCUCGACGCCACCCAAAGUCCCAUCUUCCUCCACAUCGUCGUCCUCAUCUUCCAUCACAGCUACCGGCAGCACAAAGGGUAAGGAGGAGGAGCUGGUUAAAGAAGAGGUGUUGGGACCGAAGGACGCCUCAGGCUCCACCAACCUGUUUGAGAAGUUCCUGUUGAACUGUGAAGCCAAGGACCGCGCCCCCCGCAGGCCGCCACCGCAUCAGCCCGCCCCAGAGAAGAGCAUCAUCAAACCUGCUAAGAUCAUAGGAAAGAUUGAAAAGAUCCCCAAGUCAACCAAAGACUCUCCCGCUCAGAAAGCAGACCUGGAGAAGACAAAGCAAUCAGAUGUCUCUAGACCUGGCCAGAGUUAUGGCUUCAGUCUGGACAGUGACGAGAAGGAAGGAGAGGAAUCUGCAGCAAAGACAAAGCCUGGAGAGGAAUCGCGGGAGCGAAGAGAGAAGCCAGAGGAGGCGCAGCGGCCCGGCUGGGAGAGGAGAACCCCAACGGAUGACAGGAAGAAAAGGAGAGAGGACAGUGAGCCCAGACUCUUCAUAGCCUGUGAUGACAAUCAGGACACCCAGGACCCACUAGAGGGUACAGACAAAUCUGACAAGGGUCAAGCCACAUUGAGUUUAGGAAUGGACCUUAAUCUGGACUGGAUGACUCUGGACGACUUCCAGAAACAUCUGAAUGGAGAGGAUGAGAUCCUUUCAGGUCCACCGUUAUCACCAAGUGAGUUGCGGGAUGCUGUGAAAAGUGGAGAUUACAUGGCUGUAAAAUUAGCACUUAAUUCCAAAGAGGACUACAAUCUGGACCAAGAGGCGUGUACUACUGGUGAGAAGAGGUCAUUUGAAGGAGAGAGGAGCUUGAUUGAAGAGAGAGGUUCGAAUGAUGCUCUUAGAUUGACUUCUAACCUUGACAUUGCAAGAAAUGAAGAGGGUACUCCAAGAGUAGAGGAGAAUAUCCCACAAGAUUUGGAUGGGCCAGAUGAUGGCAAGAAAAUGUCAAGGUGCCCUGCCAGUACAAACACUGAGCAAGUGACAGUGAGGGAACAUGAAAAGAUCCAGAAAGGUAUCGAGGAUAUAAAUGAAUCUCAAAAUACUGCUUGUGAUUCAGCUACCAUGCAGGAAGUUCAAGUAAAGGAAGAUCAGAAGAAAGCAGAGGAGGACAAAAUGUCAGAUGACACAAAAGUUGGUUUAUCAAGUGAAAUGAGUUUGAACUUUGAUCAGUCAAAUCCACCUACCAACGCAGAAUGGAUGCUGACAAGGGAUGACAAAAUAACUGAACAAAAUGGUGAAGCUAACAAACAAAGUUCCCCAGAGCAAGCAAAUGACUCAAGUGACGAGGCAGAGGAUGUGGUGACAGGCCACUCAGAUCAGUACAGUACAGUAUCAGGUACAGAUCAAGUUGUGUCCGAGUUGGACUCAAAGAAAAUUGCUAAAACCCAAUCACACUACCGUGGGAAAACUGUAGAAAGGAAACAACCAACACGAUCGAGUUUAAGGACGUGUAAGAAAGUACUUGAAACAACACCUAGCACAACAGAUCACGAGAAAAAGGAGACAGGCAAAAAGCACUUUUGUUUAUAUUGCAAAAUGGCGUUCACCCAACUUGCAAAGCAUUUGGAAAGGAAACAUGCAGAGGAAACAGAUGUUGCCCACGCAAUACACUUUCCCAAAGGUUCCAAAGUCAGACAGACUUUGCUUGACCAAAUUCGCAAUAAAGGAGAUUAUGAACAUAAUUGCAAAGUUCUCAAAAGUGGAGAAGGGGAAAUUGUGACCAAGAAACAGGUGAGAAAUCCUAGCAUAUCUGUUCGGGACUUCCUGCCUUGCCAGCACUGCUUUGCUUUUUAUCGUAAAACUGAUUUGUGGAGACAUGAGAGGUCAUGUAAGGCCAGAAAGGGAGAUCAAAAGUUGACCGAAAGGAGAAAUAGGGGCAAAGUCCACAGUGCUGCCUCCCGGCUGCUUCCAAUGUCAGAGUUCUUAACUGGAGGCUGCGAGGAAAUCAUUCACAUCAUGCAUCAAGAUGACAUAUCAAGGCACAUUAGAAAUGACCCGCUUAUUUGCAAAUUUGGCAAUGCGCUGUCUGCUAAGUAUGACCAUGAUAAGUCUCAGUUUGCCUAUAUUGCACAAAAGAUGAGGGAACUGGGUAGAUUUGUGCUCGCUAUAAAUGAGCUUGACAAUAGUGUGCAAUAUUUGCAUGAAGUAUGUCUACCAUCCAGAUUUGAAUUAGCCGUUGCAGGGGCCAAAAAAGCUAGUGGUUUUGAUCCCAGUUCCAGUAAGUUUAAAACCGUUUCCCUUGUCUCAAAAAUCGGAUACUCUUUAAAACGAGCUGCAGAAAUAGCUUUUGGGGAAAGUCGCAUGACAGAGGAUAGUGAAACUGAAAGCGAAGUGAAAAAGUUUAUACAGCUCCUCGAUACUAAAUGGAGCCAGUGUUUUUCUCGCAAAGCUCUUGCACUAUCUUUAAAGCAAGAGGUCAAGAAAGUGGAAGUAGACAAGUCAACUGUGACAGAAGAUUUGAUAAAACUCCACAGAUUUAUCACUGUGGAAGAAGAUGAAGCAAGAAGGGAGCUAAAAGAAAGUCCUAGUUUAUCAACAUGGAAAAAGCUAAGUGAAGCCACUCUAGCAGAUGUGUGCCUCUUCAACAGAGGAAGAGUAGGAAAUAUCGGCAGAAUGUUCUUGCAAACUUACACAAGCAUGAAGAGCAGGGGAAAAUUUGUGGCCUCUGCAGAUCAAAUAAGGAAGUGCACCAAAUUGGAGCUGGACCUCAGUGACAGUUUUACUAGGUUGGAACUAGAAGGCCAGUAUGGAAGGAACAUGCUGGUUCUGUUAACCCAAAGGAUGGUUUUAUCGAUUGACUUACUCAUUGAAAAUCGAGAGCAAGCAGGUGUUUCAAAAACUAACCCGUACCUGUUUGCACGGACUGAAGGUCCAUCUUUCAUCAGAGGAUUGGAUUGUUUCCGAAGGGCUGCAAUGGAAUGUGGAGUUAAAAAUCCCGAAGCGCUUCUGUCCUCAUCGUUAAGAGAGCAAAUUGCCAGCUGUUGGCAACUAAUGAGCCUCAGUGAAUGUGAAUGGGAUCAAGUGGCCAAGCUGGUAGGAAGGAACAGCCAGGAGUGUUACGGACUUUCCAAGAAUGCGUCACAGCUGGAGGAAGUGAGCAAACAACUGCUCAAAAUGGAUCGAACACUACCAUCAAGUCCACCUGGCACUGCAAGAGAUGGAACUACACAGAAGGCCGCUUUAAAGAGAAGACCUUGGAGUGAGAAGGAGCAGGCUGCAGUGAAGCGAUUCUUGAUUGAAUUUAUAACAAGGAUGAAAGUUCCAGGUAAAAAGGAGUGCAAUGCUUGCAUUGCUGCUGAACCAGACCUCGUUGGAAGAUCUUGGACAGAUGUCAAAAACUAUGUACACAACACACUACAGACAAUACGGAGAAGAAAUAACCAGCAGAAUUCUGAAGGGAAUGUAAAUGUUUUGAACCCAAAAAGUCCAAACGCUGGAGUCCAAACUACAGAUAAAGAUUUGCAAGAUGAAAGCGUUAUCUGUAGUAUGACUACAGUGCAUCCAGAUCAUCUGACAGAAAGUUCUAAUUGUUGUAUGACAAUGGCACCACCAACCGACUUGAGAGAGUCAACACCAUUCUCCCAAGAGAUUACUUCAGUUUAUGCAACUUUGUGUUCCACCAGUACAAAUAUGGUCCAUUCAAGUCAGCCAUUGAUUUCUACUUUCACACCACUGAACGCCACUGAUACACAGGUGGUUCCCACAUUUACUCCACACAACACUAAUUCACUAAUGUCUCCUGCAUACACAUCAGAAAACAACAGGAUUUUGCCAAUGGCUCCGUCAUAUACACAGAAUACCUCAAGUAUUCCACCACCCUCUGUGUAUAUUCCACAAGAUACUGCAAAUUCACCACUGAUUCCUACUUUUAGUCCACUUAAUGCUCCAAGUACUUCAAUGGUUCCUAUAUUCUCGCCAUUGAAUCCUCCAAGUACACCAAUGGUACCUGCAUUCUCACCACUGAAUGACAGAAGUAGGCCUAUCGUGUCUUCAUUCACACCUCUGAACAAUUCAGGUACACCAGGUUACCCCACAAGUCCACCUAGGACCUCCACAACUGCACAGGUUGUCCCUUCAGUAUUUGGACCCAGUGUUCCUGACAGAGCACCAGUGUUACAGGAAAGUACAUCCAUGUCUGCCACAGGAAAACAAGUCACUCCAUCUGUGAAGGCUCAAAAGAGAAACAAAAGAUUGUGGAGCGAGGAGGAACAGGCAGCAGUCAGGCGUCAGCUCGGAGACUUCUGUAAACUGGUUAAAGUGCCAGGCAAAAAGGAUUGUGAUGCAUGUUUAGCCGCUGAGCCUGCCUUAAACAGCAGGACAUGGAGGGAAGUUAAAUAUUUUGUACAUAACUCAAUUCAGUCAAUGAAAAGAAGAGGUUAUGCAGUCGCCUCCAAACAAAUUGGAGGACAGGAACUAGAGACUCACAAUUCUCAUAAUACAAACACAGAGUGGGAUGGUCCUGUUUAUCUGUCCUUGUGAUUUUAAUGGACAUGUGGGAAAACAGUAAGUGAUCUGUGAUAUUAAUUGUGCAAGGGCUGUGGCUUUAACCUCAAGUUGUAUGAAUUUAAAAAUUCAGCAGAUGUGACAGUGUUGUACAAUGUACUGUCAGUAAAUCUUGGUCUCAGUAGCCAUACUGGUCUUGUCAACAUUUAAAAGACUGCCCUGCCAUUGUCUUAAGUCACAUGUUCAAAAUAUCCUGAAGUAUUCAGAAACAAGUCCACCAGACCAAGCUGUUGGUGUACUAUUGCAUGAGUAUACACUAAAUGGAUGAAACUAAGAACAUUUGUACUGUAGCUUUGGCUCAGAAAAAACAGAUAUUAAUGUUUAAUAUGGUUAGUUUGCAUAUACAGUACCUAUGUAACACUGUCAAUUUGGUAAAUGAUCACAGGUUAUCUAGAAAGUGUUCUGAUUUUUAGAUGUGUGAUCAAGUAGUAACCAUGAACCUCAUUUGUUAGGAUUUGCAACCUGCCACCAGUCAUUGCUGUGGAAAGCAGCUGCUGUGGUACCUAAACAUGCUUUCAAUUAAAAAAAAAGAAAAAACGAUUCGUAAAAAUGGUGGUUGGAACCCCCUCUCCCCACCACCAUGACCAGGGCAUCUCCCAUCCUGCACUGAGCAAAGGUAGCCUCAGUGAUUGUACAUUUCCAGAGGUAUUUCUACUCUUCUUUACUUCAAAACUUGCGUAGACAUCUAUCUUUAUGCCUGUACUGUUUUGAGUAGCAUUUUUAUGAAUUUUGAUGAUCAAAAAAGAAAUAGAAUACCUACCAGCAAAACUUUGCAGCCACUCCUUCCAAUAUGAUAGAUGUUUGUUGACUUCCUUUACAUGAUUCCCAAAUGCCUGGCUCAAGUGUACUGUGUUUCUGCUUUAACCAGUAGUCCAUAUUGUAGAUGGCCCCUGAUAGCCUGCAGCGGUAAAGCAUACCUUCUUUGCUGACAUUAGAGAAAUAGGAGCUCUGUGUGUAUACCUCUCACUUAAAUAUUGAAAAAUAUUUUUUCUUUGAGGAUCUUGUUGAUAAAUGUUAAUUAUCUUCAUUUAUACAUUUGUUUUUCAUGUGCAUUAACGAUCUGCCGAGAGGCGGUUGUAUUUUUGUAUCACUAUACAGCAACUGUGUAGAACAUUUUAGUACUUUACUUCUAUUUUGAUGUACUCUUAUUUGAGGCAAAAACUCACUGCAGUGGUCUCAUUUUUAUCACAUUGUUUUAAACUUUAAUUUUGUUGCCAAGAUCAGAUUGCCUUAUGAUGUUAUUUGCUUUAUUCCAAUUUUAUCCUACUCUUGUUGAUUGCAUGUAACACACAGCAUACCAAUUAUGAACCUCAGAUGCGUUUCAUGAGUCGUCACUCACUAGUAACCACCUUUGCCAGCAAACCAACAGGUUAUUCUUUAAAUGAAGUGAUUUUGACAGGGACUGAAAGAAGA